UGUCCUGGGUGAGAUCGCCUGGAUUAUCAUUAGCGACCAGCGUGUCCAGCCGUAGCCUACGAGCGGGCUGGAACUGCGAGACCGGGAUCGGGAUGUAGCAGGUGCCAUAUGACUGGGGCGAUCCGCGAGACUAUGCCCAGCGUGGAUUUUUUGGGGGAGAAAAGUUCAUUCGAAGUUGAGCGAGAGAGAAACCGAAGCACCUGCGACCGAAUGGCGGAUCACUCCAGCGAGGGCAGCUUGCUCAAUGUUCCGGCACUGCUGCGGAGAGGCGUGUCCGAGACGGACUUGGACAGCGACGGGCCGGGCAAGGACUCGGGCCGGGAUUUGGGUCGCGCUCGCGGCGGACUGGACUGCUUGCAGCAGAAGGUCCUUAAAGUGACGGAGCAGCUGAAGAUCGAACAGACGGCCAGAGACGAGAACGUGGCCGAGUACCUCAAACUGGUCAACAGCGCAGACAAGCAGCAGCUGGGACGCAUACGACAGGUGUUUGAGAAGAAGAACCAGAAGUCAGCCCAUAGCAUCACGCAGCUGCAGAAGAAACUGGAGCAGUACCACAAGAGGAUGCGCGAGAACGAGAACGGCACCAAGCACUCUUCCUCCUCCUCCUCCUCCUCCGCCGCCACCACCACCAACGCCAACACCAAAGAUGGCAACAGCAAGACGGCCUCCAAGGACAGCCUGAAGGACUGCGUCCUCCUGAAGGACGGCGCCCCCCGAGAGGUCAAGCACCCGUCCCUGGACAAGGUGAAGACGGCGGUGGGGCCUGGGGUGAGCCUGACGUCCCCCUUCUUCUUCAGCAAGCCGCGGGAGUUCGCCAACCUCAUCCGCAACAAGUUCGGCAGUGCGGACAACAUCGCUCACCUCAAGAGCUCCAUGGAGACUGGCGGGCCGGGGGGGUCGGGGGUCGGCGGGGGCAGCAGCAGUGGCGGAGGCGGCGGCUUCCAGGUGGGGGAGGCGGGCGCGGCGAGCCGGACGCUAAGCGGGAGCGCCACCAUCACGCCCAAGCCCAAGUACCCGCCCAGCGACGAUGAGUGCUCCACGGGCACCACUGACUCGGUGGACAGCACGGGCGCAGGCGGAGCGGGCACAGGCUCGCAGGGCACGGGUGACGGAGGAGGUGGAGGAGGAGGUGGUGGUGGUGGUGGAGGAGGAGGAGGAGGAGGGCACGGAACGCAGAAUGACGCCAACAACUGCAGGCUGGUGGAGGCGCUGCAGGAGGUGCGGGAGAUCCGCAAGACGCAGCUGCAGCUGGCCGAGGACAUGGAGGGGCUGAAGGCGCAGUUCAAGAGAGACUACGGCUUCAUCACGCAGACGCUGCAGGAGGAGAGAUACAGGUAUGAGCGGUUGGAGGACCAGUUGAAUGACCUGACGGAGCUUCACCAGAAUGAGACGGCCAACCUGAAACAGGAGCUGGCCAGCAUAGAGGAAAAAGUGGCCUACCAAGCCUACGAGAGGGCCAGAGACAUACAGGAGGUUCUUGAGGCCUGUCAGACGCGCGUCUCUAAACUCGAGUUACAGCAGCAACAACAGCAGAUUAUUCAGCUGGAAAGCGCAGAUGCCAAGGUGCUGCUGGGGAAAUGCAUCAACAUCAUGCUGGCCAUCGCCACGGUGAUCCUCGUGUGCGUUUCCACGGCGGCCAAGUUCACCGCGCCGCUGCUGCGCAGUCGCCUGCACAUUUUCGGAACGUUCCUGAGUGUGUGUCUGCUCGCCGUCAUCUGGAAAAACUGGGAGCACGUGCAGUCUGCUGUGGAGCGCCUGAUACUGCCCAGCUGAGCGUGCGUGUGUGUGUGUGUGUGUGUAGGUGUGCGUGCGUCAUGGGUGUAAGGACAGGUGGUUAAACCUUGAAAGAGUGUGUGUGUCUGUGCGUGCCUGUGUCUGUCACGGGUGCAAAAGACAGGAAGUUGAACCUGAAAGACUGUUGUCGACCAGAGAUAAACUGUAUGUAGCUAAAAAGGAAAGAAAAAUAUUUUUUUAAACACUUGAAGCCUUUUUCGUGGUGUGUUAUUGAUGUGUUUGACAUCUUUCUCAGCAAACCUGAAGUAAGUUUGUGUGCGGUGUGUGUUUUUGCUGGUGUGUGGGUGUCUUAGGUGUGAAAAAAUUCUCUUUGUGGUUUGAUAUUUGAGCUCUGAGCCAGUUGGAAAGCCUAAUCCAGCCCUGAGUGCUUUACCCUCUCUCACUCGUCAUUGUGUGGACGGAGGCGUGUGUGUGUGUGUGUGUGUGUGUGACGAAAGAACAUCCCCUCAAUUCAACAGCACUCAAGAGAAAGACCUAACACACUAUCUGUGAGAGAGGGAGAGAGUGUGUGUGUGUGCGCAUGUGAGAUGAAGGGAACAUACUCCUUUACCAAAACACUAUAAAGAACACUAUAAGGGAUGAGUGAAAGAGAGAGAGUGGGAGAAGAAGCAGAGGAAUAGUGAAAUGGAGAGGGAGAUUUUCUUCUUCAUUUAGAAAGCAUGUUGUCAUGCGUCCAGCCUCUUGUUUUCAUGGCAAAGCCUCUUAUGUGCUUUUUGCCUGUUUGUUAUAUGCUACGUGCUUUUUGUCGUGUGUGUGUGUGUGUUUACGUGUUUACGUGUCUAUCUUCUUUUUAAUUAUGCUGUUUGCUUCAACAAAUUGACCUUUGACCUUUAUAGAACUAAAGAACCUCCCACUCAGUGUCCUUAUGUUCUCUCCUUUUCUUACGGGAUGGGGACCUCUAAGAAGUGACAGAUAGAAGUGUGUGUGUGUGUGUGUGUGUGUGUGUGUGUGUGUGUGUGUGUGUGUGU